AUGACCUCCCAAGCCCUCGUAAUCGGCAUAUCCGGCCCCUCCUCCAGCGGCAAGACGACUCUCGCCCGCCUCCUGCAACGGGUCUUUUCACCAACACUUUCAAAAACAUUUGUCAUCCAUGAAGAUGAUUUCUAUGUGCCUGAUAACCAAAUCCCAUAUACAACAACCCCAUCCGGCGAAACAGUCCAAGACUGGGACUGUAUCGAGGCCCUCGACAUCAAUCAUCUCAGUCGUGCCCUCUCACACAUCCACGACACGGGCUCACUCCCGGAGAACCUAAAGAGUAUUCAGGACCUUAACGAGAAUGCUGAUUCGGGUGUUAGUCUUGAGACUGUUGAGCGAUUGAGGGAAUUUGUUGAGGGGCGGUUGGUGUCUUCUACUCCUGCUACUGUUGGUAAGAGGUGUGAUAAUAGGAGAGAGAGGACGUUAGCUUUUCUGGAAGGGAUUCUUCUGUAUGCACCUGAGGCUGAUAAGGGGCAUGUUCUCCGUCCUGUGCAUGAUAAUAUCGAUGUGCGGUUGUUCCUACCCGCUGCGUAUGAAGAUGUUAAAGUGAGGAGGGAGGCGAGGUCGGGGUAUGUGACGUCUGGGCCUGCACAGGAGCCACCGCUGCCUCAGAGGAAUUCGGCGUCGGAUGGGAGUGGGGAAGGACGGGAGGGUCGGCAGACCUUUUGGGAGGAUCCGCCGGGAUAUGUGGAUGAUAUUGUCUGGCCACAUUAUGUGCGGGAUCAUGCGUGGCUGUUGGUACCGGAGGGAGAGCAGGAUGUGGAUUCUGCGGAGUUAGUUAAGAAGGUUGGGAGUGGGACGAAUGUGAGGACGGAUGUUGGGAUUGCCGUUGCUCCGGGACAGGGGAGCAGACCUAUGACUGAAAUCUUGACAUGGGCCGUGGAGGAAGUGUUGAAGUGUUGGAAGCGUGUACAAUAG